AUGCUUGAUAAAACUGACAUUCGCGUGGUGGUGGCAGUAGACUUUGGGACUACGUAUUCUGGAUUCGCGUAUUCAAAUAAUUCGAAUCCUGAAAUUAUUACAAACAAUGAAUGGCCUGGAAAAAUCGGACAAUAUAAAACAAAUACAGUACUGCAGUACAAUGGUUCUGGAAAACACGUUGAAGCCUGGGGUUAUCCUGCUUUGGCAAAACCACCAUCAGCCAGCAUAAAUAAAGACUCGAAGCCGGUCGAAUUGUUUAAAUUACAUUUAGGCGAUAUUCCGGAAGAAGAAAAACCUCCUUUACCUGAAGGAUUAACUUAUAAGGAGGCAAUAUCUGAUUAUUUACAUGAACUCGUUCCCGCCGAGUAUAAUGAUCAAGCAAAAAGAAUAAUGAGAGAGUGCGCAUUUACUGCCAAGUUAAUUGAUAAGAAGAAUUCAUCUAAUUUACGAAUUAUCACCGAACCGGAGGCAGCGGCUAUUUAUUGUAUGAAAUAUUUUAAAAAUGAGGUUGCAAAUAUCAUUCGAAAAAAAUUUCUCAUAUGCGAUAUUGGUGGAGGCACUGUUGAUUUGACUGUUCGUAAGCUAAUAGGCGGAGAUCGUCUUAGUGAACUUACUGAAUGCACUGGAGACUACUGUGGAGGUUCAUAUGUAGACCAAGAAUUCAUUAAGUACGUUGGAAGAAAAGUCGGUGAAACAGCAAUCUCUAAAUUUAAAGCGAGCCAUUAUGGACAGUUACAAAAUCUGGUCCAAGAGUUUUGUCGAAAUGUUAAACUAACAUUCACUGGAGUCCUUAAUGAUUACAAGAAUAUUGAAAUAGACCUAGAGGAAAUUUGUCCGGCUUUGAAACAAUAUGUGGAGGGUAUAAAGAGAACACAGAUGGAAAAGGAUGAGUGGAUCAUCGAGCUAGAUUUCGAGUCGGUCAAAUCGAUGUUUGAUCCUAUAAUUGGUAAAAUAAUAAGACUGAUACGCGCCCAACUUAAUGAAUCGGGAUCUUUGCCAGCAAUGUUUUUAGUCGGAGGAUUUAGCGAAUCAAAAUAUCUUCAAUCUAGAUUAAAAGAGGAAUUUAGUAAAGCUUUUAGGCAUAUUUCAGUUCCUCCACAGCCAAUCACCGCAGUUCUACGAGGAGCCGUUGAAUACGGACUUAACAUUCAAAUUGUUAAGAAUCGUGUACUAAAAUAUACCUACGGAGUGAAGUCUUCAUACAACGCGAGGGUAUUUAAUUCUUUUUGCAGGAUGGCUACGAGAGGGACCAAAGUUGGAAUUGAUCAGACCUAUACGCAUACAUUUACGCCAACCAACCCAAAUGAUAUUCGUAUAAAAUUCGACAUUUAUUAUACUAAAGAAUAUGAUGGAGAGUAUACUACGGACGAAGGAAUGAAUCUUCUUGGCACUUUUACUAUUGAUUGUCCAGAUCCACAUCUUGGUCUUAAACGACCAAUCGAUUUUUCGUUGUGCUUCGGUGAGGCAGAAAUUGUUGCUACUGCAGUUAAUAGAACUAACGGAACAAGUUAUGAUUGUGCAUUAGAAUUGUAUUUUACUUAA